CAAAAGCCUUAUAAGUCUAUCCUAAAGGAUUUAAGAGAAUAUGGAGCUAAAUACGCUUCUAGAGCUUACAGUGAUAAUUAUGCUAUAGGUAAUACAGAAUCAGAGGAUUCUAAACUUAAAGAUGAGCAUAACUCAGACCUGAAAUCAGA